AUGGCUGUCAGCGACAACAGUCCCACCGGCAUCAAGGUUGUCGUCAUUGGGGCCGGUCUCGGUGGGUGUGCUGCAGCACUGGCCAUGAAGCAUCACGGCCACGACGUGAUCGUAUAUGAGAAGCUCACAACGUUCCGUCGGCUAGGCGACUCCUUAGGCUUAGGCGAGAACGCACUCAAAUUGCUCCGUCGGUGGGGCGGCGAUGUUUUAUAUCACUCCCUCACAUCAAUCGGAAACCAGUCCAAGGAUAUGCAAAUUCGCAGGUGGCAUGAUGGGAAAAUUCUGGCUCAGCAGCCGUUAAUGGAUAUGGCUGGUUACAUCGGCCACCGCGGCGACUACCACGAGGCAUUCCUGCAAGGUGUGCGCGAUGCCGGUAUUGAGAUCAAGAUGGGACACGAAGUAGUAGGAUUUGGGGAAGGUGACGACGAAGAUCCAAGACCAAGCAUCGUGUUCAAGGACGAGGCAGUAAUCAGAGCGGAUGUUAUUGUUGGUGCGGACGGGAUCAAGAGCCGCGCACGAGAGCUCGUCCUGGGAUUUACCGACGCCCCAAAGAGCAGCGGGUAUUCAUGCUGGAGGGCAUACUUUCCUGGUGGACAUCUCAAGGGUGACGCACUCUGUCAAGAGUUUAUCGAUCACGAUUGCGUGAAUAUAUGGAUUGGAUUGGACACGCACCUCGUCCAAAACACCCUGCGCGGCGGCGAGGAGUUCAACUGGAUCAUAACACGUAAGCUCUCGCACGAGGCAGACAUGGAGAUCAAAGAGUCUUGGUUCCAGGAAGGGGAUAUGGCAGACGUCCGAGAGCACAUCAAGGGACUAGAUACGAGGAUCGCGGCAGCAGUUGAGAAGACGCCCGCGCUCCUGGACUGGAAGAUCUGCUACAGAGAUCCAUUGCCAACCUGGAUCUCCAAGAAGCACAACAUCGCCCUUCUCGGUGACAGUUGCCAUCCACACCUUCCCACCAGUGCUCAAGGUGCGAGUCAGGCGACAGAGAGCGCGGCCGUAUUAGCAGUGUGCCUAAAGCUUGCAGGAAGAGGCCGGAUACCACUAGCCACGAGGGUUUACGAGAAAAUCAGGUUCGCCCGGACCAGACAGAGUCAGACCGCGGGAGAAGACCUUCGUGAUCGGUGGCACAACGCCCUCAAAGGCUUGGAAGAUGGGGUGGAGAUUGAUCCGGAGUCUAUCAAGAUGCGCAAUAGAUGGUUAUACGUGUAUGAUGCUGAAGCCGAUACCAUCACGAGGUGGGAUGAAGUGUCGUCCAGAGUUGAUGGGGAGCUGAAGUCGGGAAAGGUCGAGCCUCUUUGCACCUUCACGCCGAAAGGCGCAAGUUUGGGCAGGUAG